ACAGCGACAAUAAAAGCAGGUCAGAACAUCAUCGAUUAGAGAGAUGAGCGACCCGCAGAGAUCUCAGAGGAAUGUACGUUUAAUUAUAAGUUUUGUUUCAUGCCGAGACUCUGGUGGAGUCAUUAAGCUGACUCCGUUUAUCUUUACCGACAAAAAGUGCGGACACGGACAAAACAAAGCUACGAAGACUCACUGACAGCCUGUCAAUAUGGCAAUUAAACGACCUAAAGUUGCUAUUGGAUUCAUAGUGGCAGGUGUGCUGAUGGUGCUUUUCGGCACAAUUAUGUGUUUUGUGGUGCCAUUAGUCAUCGACGACCAAAUAGUAAAGCACACAGUAAUUGAUCCAAAGAAUGAUCUCACAUACACCAUGUGGAAAGACAUCCCUGUGCCGUUCUUUAUGUCAGUCUACUUCUUCAAUGUCCUCAAUCCUGCUGAGAUACUGAAAGGAGAAAAGCCGAUGGUGGAACAGAGAGGACCUUAUGUUUACAGAAAGCAGUGUCAGAAGGAAAACAUUACAUUCCAUCCCAACGGUACAGUGUCCUACAGGGAAUACAGACAGUACCACUUCGAGCCCUCCAUGUCUGCUGGGAACGAGUCUGAUGUUGUCACAAUUCCAAACAUGUUGGUGUUGGGUGCAUCAGUGAUGAUGGAAAACUUGCCCUAUGUACUGCGCCUCAUGAUGAGUGCAACCUUUAAAACUUUUAAAGAAGGUCCCUUCCUGACCAAGCCUGUAGGGGAGCUUAUGUGGGGUUAUGACAGUGGACUAGUGGAUUUUCUAAAUCAAUACCUGCCAGGAAUGAUUCCCACAUCAGGAAAAUUUGGCCUCUUUUCAGAAUUCAACAACUCCAACACUGGCCUGUUCACAGUCUUUACUGGAAAAGAUGACAUUAGAAAAGUCCACAGAGUCGACUCUUGGAAUGGUCUGACUGAGCUGCCAUACUGGAGGACUGCUCAGUCUAACAUGAUCAAUGGAACAGCUGGGCAGAUGUGGCCUCCUUUCAUGACGAAACAGAGCACUUUGCCUUUCUACAGCCCUGACGCGUGCAGGUCUAUGGAGCUGGUUUAUCAGCGUCCUGGAGAGAUGAACGGGAUCCCUCUAUAUCGAUAUGUUGCACCCAAGACCCUUUUUGCCAAUGGGACGGAUUAUGCUCCCAAUGAAGGCUUCUGCCCCUGUAGACAGUCUGGACUCCUCAAUGUUAGCAGUUGCCGCCACAACUCUCCAGUCUUCAUCUCUCAUCCUCACUUCUUUAAUGCUGAUCCUGUGCUGCUGGACUACGUGCAGGGUCUUAAUCCCAGUGAGGAGAAGCACGGCCUCUUCAUAGACAUUCACCCACAAACGGGUGUCCCUCUGAAUGUGUCCAUCCGCCUGCAGCUCAACCUCUACAUGAAAAAAGUCUCAGGAAUUACUGAAACUGGAAAGAUUUCUGAUGUGGUGAUGCCUAUGAUCUGGUUUGAGGAGAACGGAUAUAUUGAUGGCCCAAUCGUCAAUACGUUCCGUACAAACUUGGUUGUUCUACCUACUGUUUUGGAAUACCUACAGUACAUCCUCAUAGGGCUUGGUCUGGCAACCAUCAUCAUCGCUGCUGUAGUGUAUCGCAAAGUGAAGAGUAAUCAACCUGACCACAGCAACCUAUCGGAUGGAAUCAAAUGUAGUUCAGCUGAAGAGAGGGACUCUCUGCUACAAGAUGACAUGAACUGAAUGAUGCGCAAAUAAGCCCAUCCAGCUGUUGUUGUGGACUUACCAGCAUCCUCAAAGUAUAAUUUAACUGAAACACUGUCACAAGUGGUUUUGCAAUUGUGUGUAUUUAUAUACAUAUUAAGAAGUAAAGCAAUAAUGUAAUCUUUUCAUAUAGAAUAAGAUUUAUGGAACUCUAUAACUCAGUAUGUGUUUAUGUUCUGGCUGCAUGAGUUGAAACUGUUUUGUCUCUCAAGACAGAAUAAGAGAAGAUUUGGAAACCACCUUUUUUUUUCUUUUUUUUUUUUUUUUUUCCCCCCCCCUUUAGUUCAAAUCUUCCAAAAAAAAACAACAAAUAGGCUAUUCUUUCCAGUUGCCAGUCUAAACCCAUUGAGCCUGUUAUGAUCAUCAUCACAUUUGAAAUGGAACAAUUUAUAAUUUCAUAAUUUUAUGCUUCAGCAGUAAUUACUGUGGUGAUUAUUUAUAUGGUAACUUGAAAGAAAUGUUUUGGUGAGUUAAAAAAAACAAAACAAAAUAGAACCAUCCAACAUAACGGUCUUACCUUUGCCAUGAAAGCAUUUAUCUGCAUUAAGUUUUACAUGCACUGAGGAUUAUAGAGAGAUGUUGGAACUACUUGUCGAGGCUCAAGCUGUCAAACGUCUGACCACCUGUGAGUCAAGCAGAGCUGAUGCACUCCUGUUUCUGUAUCACUGUAUUCUGUAAAGCUGUAUUUCUUGAAAUGUAUGAGGAUAAUGCAGUUUGGUGCAAAGCACCUUCUUAAAAAAAGUUAAUAAAUUAAAAGAAACAUGGCGGUUAAGUAUAAA